AUGUCGCUCGACGCUCUAGUCUCUAAUGUGGCCAUCACUAUCCCCCCUGCUCUCAUCAUCGUCUCCGUCUUGGGCGCAACGGCAACCCUUGUUUCCAAUCUCUCUCAAAGCGCCACUGCGUCCGAUAACAAUUUUGAGGACAUAUGCGGCAAGCUCCGUUCGAGCCUCGAUCAUAUCAACGAGGUCCAGAAAGGACCGCUUGAUGCUCGCACCUCAAAGGAGCUGGACAGGAUCGCCCUAGAACUCGUCGCAUGCGAGACGUGUUUGAGGGCCUCCUCUCAUGACUUGCUGGUCAAUCCGCCGACUGUCUCGGAGCGUCUUCAGGAUGCAAUUGGACCGGGCACUUCUAGAGCUACUGUAGUGGAGGCAGAGCUCUCGUUUAAGGUUUCCAGAGCACAGGUAACUUUGCUGAAGACACUGAGCGAGAUGUAUUCCGUCCGUCACGAGCAGCAGCUCGAUUCCAUGUUUUGA